GCCCCGGUUCGGGCUGCUGCGGAAGGAGGCGGCGAACGAGAAUGGCGGCGCUCCGAGUGCUGGAGCUCUACAGCGGGAUCGGAGGGAUGCACCAAGCACUCCAAGCAAGCGGCAUACCUGCCGAGGUUGUUGCAGCUGUGGAUGUGAAUACUGUGGCUAAUGAAGUUUACAUGCUCAACUUUCCUACCACCCCGCUGUGGCCAAAGACGAUUGAGGGAAUUUCACUGAAGGAGUUCGACAGUUUAUCCUUUGAUAUGGUUUUGAUGAGUCCUCCUUGUCAACCAUUUACAAGAAUUGGCCGUCAGGGCGACAUUUCUGACCCCAGGACACGGAGUUUUCUCUACAUUCUUGAUAUUCUUCCAAAGCUCGCCAAGCUACCAAAAUAUUUGCUUUUAGAGAAUGUCAAAGGCUUUGAAACGUCUUCUGCCAGAGAUGAACUCCUACGAACACUAGAAAACUGUGGAUUUACAUAUCAAGAAUUUCUCUUGUCCCCAACCUGUCUUGGCAUUCCAAACUCGAGACUGAGGUACUUUCUGAUUGCAAGACUUCAUUCAGAGCCCUUUAGCUUUCAAGUCUCCAGUAAGGUUUUGACAGACUUCCCAAGCCGGGAGCCAGUGGAUUCAAAGAUGUCCAAAGGCACUACUAGCUUGGCAGGAGACGACUCCCCAGGGCCUACUCAAGAGCCUGCUUCUGCUUCCGAAAGUAAUGGCAGACAACGCCCACCGAAAGGCGACUUCCUUUUUAAACUUGAAACAGUGGAAGAACUAAAAAGAAAGCAGCAAUCGGACAAUGAUCUUUCUUUACUACUGCUUAAAACAUUCCUCCAAGAUGAUGAAGGUGAUGAUGAAGGACUCGGUCGGUACUUCCUUCCACCAAAGUCCUUGCUGCGUUAUGCCUUCCUUCUAGACAUUGUUACACCUUCUUGCAGGAGAUCAACGUGCUUCACGAAAGGGUAUGGGCACUAUAUAGAAGGAACUGGGUCAGUGUUGCAGACGGCAGAAGAUGUUCAGCUUGAAUCAGUAUUCAAAUCCUUUGAAGGCUUGUCUGAAGAUGAGAAGCUUGAAAAGCUGUCAAUGCUUAAACUACGAUACUUUACACCAAGAGAAAUAGCAAAUCUACAUGGGUUUCCUCCUGAAUUUGGUUUUCCUGAUAACGUAACCACAAAACAGUGUUACCGACUACUUGGAAACAGCCUCAAUGUACAUGUGGUUGCUAAAUUAAUCUCAAUUCUGGUUGAAUAAUAUUAGAAUAUAACCUGAUAAUUGAAGUGUCUAAUAUGCAUCUAACUACAUUAGAAGAUGGAUUCCUUCUUUGGAAGUGGAUUAAAAUUGAUCACCGUGAUGUACCUGUGUGACUGCUAAUGUUCAGCUUCCAUGAUAAAUGCUUGGGGGGUAAAGACUUCUUUCUUACAUAUCUGUCUUACAACUUGUGGGAAUAGGGGGUGUUAUUGAAAAUGGAAAUUUAGUCUCUUGUUUUUAAUUUAUGAACACUGAAAUACAUUUGUAAGUGAAAAAUAAAUGUCUAUAUUGUAUUAAAGAAUAAGUUUUUAAAAAAUAUAAGUCAUAUUGGGCUCUUCUAAACACAAGCACAACAGUAGGGUACAAAUAUUUUUAAUAAAGUAUUUUGUAAGAAAAGUCAUAAA